AUGGCUCCAGCCUUCUCAGAGCGUGCCCUCAAAGAAGCUGAAGAUCUCAUCAGCAUCAGUGCCCGUAAACUGGUCGAGCAAAUUGGGAAACAGCAACCCAAGAGCAGCGACGGUGGCGCACACUCAGAAGAUAGUGAUAAUGACACUUGGACUACACCCCAAAACUUCAACAACUGGUCGACCUGGUUCGGCUUCGACUUCAUCAGCGACCUCGGCUACGGCGAAUCCUUCGCAGGUUCAUCUACUACGUCGGCUAUCUGCCCUUUAUCGAUCUGA